GUUUGUUUUCUAGGAGUGUAUUCAAAUUAUCACCAAAGGAAAUUUGCGCUUGUGAAAAUCGUUCGACGAAAAGUUUUCGAAAGAUUCUUCAUAAUAAACUCAUAAAACAUUGUGCAUUAUGUACCUCAAUAACGCAAUAAAUUAUGUAUGUUUCGAUAAUCGUAUCGCUAAAGGCGUUUGGUCUGUUCUUUCCUCGAAAAACAAGUCUAGCACACUAGCAGCAAGCGAACAAGUGGCCAACCAGGGCAAAAAGUUGGUAGUUGAAGCUCUACCUUCGGUUUAUAAACUCCUGGGCCAUAACAGACACAUCCUGAAGUUGGCCGGACUGAGUGGUGUUACAGCCAUCAUCAUUGGCGGUAUCGGAGCGCAUACACAGUUCAAACCUGCUGACGAAAAAGAGCGCGAUCCGAAAAGUGUUUUCGAGACGGCCAACCGGUACCAUAUGUGGAGCUCCCUUGCCCUACUUGCGGCUCCAUUGGCUCGCAAACCCUAUCUGACCGCUACAUUCCUGGUAUCGGGUAUCACGAUGUUCAGUGGCGUAUGCUACUACAUCGCCUUUACCCAGGAUCGCAGGUUCAGUAAACUCGCUCCAGUUGGCUCGGUUAUGCUCAUUAUCGGAUGGCUUUCCUUCAUGCUUUAAGCAUAUAAGAGACAAUAGGGUUAUUUUUCACAGACUUUAAACUUUAACAACAUGUAAUCUGCCGCUGCCGGCAAGUCUGUCCCAUAUGCAAAAAUAACGAACCGAGAAAAACGUCUUUAAAGAUUUUAAUAAACUUUCGUGGAUUUCUCGGUUGAAACUUU